AAGCUUGUGUGCGGACUCUUGCUCUCUCAGGAAGUGGCGGAAGAGACAGAGAACGGUCUGCUUCGUUGACAGAAAGUAAAGAAAGUGACUUUCCCGUCAUCUUUUUGUUUACGGUAUCUUACGGGACUUCAUCAGUAAAUGCACGGAUACCAGGCUAAGGAACUGUGUGUGGCCUGAGACAUCGGAAGGACUGCUGUUUGGCAAGAGGAGCUGUGCGUUAGCUGCAACACGAUGGCCAACAGUGUGGAAGCUGCCACAAUCUGUGGAGACCUGAAGGCAUUCCUGAGCAAUAACCAAAACCUCCCUAAAGGAGUAUCCUUAGUGACUCAGACAAACUACAGCCCGGCAACUAAGAUCACUCUAGGAGCAGUCAACGCCAAUGUGGGGUCCCAGAUGAUCAUCAGCACGCCACAGAGAGUUCCGCACGCAGGUAGCAUCAUCAUAAGCAGCCCGUUCACUCACGCUCCCAGCAUGGUGGCCCCGGGACGCCCGCAGGACCCUAACGAGUGGACCCCGGGGGCCAAGAAACGCACACACGAGUACCUGGACCCAUAUUUCUCAGACCGGGACGGGCUCUUCUCAGGAGACUCCUCAGCCAGCAAGAGGAUGAGGAAGGGAGACAAGAACGGCAAGGGCCUGAGGCACUUCUCCAUGAAGGUGUGCGAGAAGGUGCAGAAGAAGGGAACCACGUCCUACAACGAGGUGGCAGACGAGCUGGUGGCCGAGUUCACCAGCGCCGGCAGCGUGAUGCCCACCGACUCGGUGUACGACCAGAAGAACAUCCGCCGACGUGUCUACGACGCCCUGAACGUGCUGAUGGCCAUGAACAUCAUCUCCAAGGAGAAGAAGGAGAUCCGCUGGAUCGGCCUGCCCACCAACUCUGCCCAGGAGUGCCAGACCCUGGAGGUGGAGAAACAGAAACGCUUGGAGAGAAUCCGUCAGAAGAAAGUCCAGCUGGAGGAACUCAUACUACAGCAAAUAGCCUUUAAAAACCUGGUUCAGAGGAACAAAGCGUGCGAAGCUGCCAGCCAAGCCCCGCCCCCUUCUGGGUCUGUCAUUCAGCUGCCUUUCAUCAUCCUCAACACAGACGUCCGGACAGUCAUAGACUGCUCCAUCUCCAGCGACAAGUGUGAAUACCUCUUCAACUUUGACAACACAUUCGAGAUCCAUGACGACAUCGAGAUUCUGAAGCGCAUGGGCAUGUCUCUGGGUUUGGAGAGUGGAAAGUGUACGCCAGAGGGGUUCAGAGUGGCCAAAUCUCUCGUGCCAAAGUCUUUGGAGUCCUACGUCGCAGGCAUGACCAGGGGCAGCCAGCUCUCUGUGACAGGCAGCCUGGACUCCUCCUCUCUGAACGGCAGGAGGAGCCACAGCAGCACCGUCCGCUCCUUCGCCUCAGAGCCCCGUGGUCAGACCCCCAGCUUCUUCAACGAGGAGGAGGAGGAGGAGGAGGAAGACGACGAGGACGAGCCCUCCUCCCCAGAAUGAUGGAAAGUCCAUAGUAAUGCCCUCCUCCAUGUCUCUCCACGGCCUCCAAACUCCCUCUCCUAACACAAGAAGAAGAAUGUGGAGGAUGUGGUAUAACACAGAAAAUAAGCUGCCAUUCAGGUCUAUAAUAAGAUAUUUUAGAAGCAUUUAUCUCUUUCCCAUGACCUUCCUUGUAGUUGUUUUGUAAAUACUGCUCCUGUGAUUACCCCUGCAGCGAAAAAAUAAGGUUGUGCACCAUUUUCUGCCCAGGGUGAAAAGAAGUUACUGACUAGUUCUCAGAGAAAUUCUGUUAAGAUUUGAGUGCUAUGUUUUCGUAGGUGCUUUCUACUAAACGAGCUGAGAGUUGUGUUGUUCCUAUGCAUCUAAACAUGCUACAGUGGGUGUUUCUUAGCUUGAAACAUCACAGACUCAGUGCUUUAUCUCAUGAACAGAAUGUCCUUGGGAUUAUUGAAGAUGUCAUAUUUAUUUCCCUCUGACAUUGAAAGGUGAAACCAUAUACGAGUAGUACAUGUGUUGGUGUAUGCUAGUGUUUUUCUUUAUGUUUUUCGUUUACGGCAAAGUUUAUCUAAAUUGAUGCCAGCUGAUGCCACUCUAAGUUUCCAUGAAAGUAAAAAAUCUUAAUUUAAAAUAUGUUUAGAUGAUCACAACGGAAUGGGAUUUAUAGACUUCUUUGACACAAAAACAUUUUGUAAAACAAUAUUUUUUAAUGUUACUUAUGAUAUUUUGCAUAUUUCACAGUUUACUUCUUUGCUAAUGCUGCAACUGUUUGAAAAAUUUGCCAGCAACCUUUAACACGGAUAGGCAUUCUGCAUUGUCACAAGGAGGAUAAGGAAUGUUUUUUUGUUUUUUUUGGUGUGUGUGAGAACCCCUUAGUCUAUCUCUUCUGGAUGCCUUUUUAACAUGAUCCCAAAGCUAAACAAUGCCCUCUGAGACCCAAAGUAUGUUUAGUCUAAAUUACUUUUGAGCUCAGAUCUCUUUAGGACCUUAGUGGACAUUCCACCUAGGAAGAUGUGUACUCUCUGUGGAGGGCUCAGCAGGUAUAACUGUCUGUAAAUAUACAUAAAUAAACAUAUAAUUUUGGUUACAGAAAUAUUUGUCCUCAGUAAGAGAAGCACUUUUACAGUUCUUUCAUUUGUCACAUUUAUUAUAUUGAAUCUGUUAUAUUUAAAGCCUAUAUGCAUAAAACUGCCCUUGAAUGUAUGGCAUU